AUGGAUCUGGAAGUAAAGCAGCCCCAGCAUGAAACCUGCGAGAACGUUCAAAUCGAACUUGUGCCGGAGAUUGACCCUGCUAUGGCACGACGCAUCACCAGCAGAUGUGACAUGUAUCUCCUGCCCUGGCUUUUUGGCAUCUGGUUUUUCUGCUUUCUGGACCGGGCCAGCAUUGGAAAUGCCAAAAUCGAAGGACUCGGCAAGGACCUGGGUCUGACUGGUGACCAGAUUAACAUCGCCCUCUCGAUCUUUUUCGUCUCCUAUAUCUUGGUGGACAUUCCGAGCAACUGGCUGGUUAAAAGACUCAAGGCGGGGUGGUAUCUACCUGGACUCUGCAUCGGCUUCGGUGUGGUGACAACUUGCCUCGGAUUUGUCAAAUCUUAUGCUGGACUUCUGGUUGCUCGAUUCUUCCUGGGCAUGUUCGAAGGAGGCAUCAUCGCUGGAAUUGUCCUCUACUUGUCCAUGUUCUACCCAAGAUCUCAGAUGGUCUCCCGAAUUGCCGCAUUCUAUUGCGCGUCACCAUUCAGCGGUGCAUUCGGUGGCCUUUUGGCGUCCGGAUUGUCCCAAAUCCAAUAUCGGGGCUUGAACCGCUGGCCUUGGAUCUUCAUCAUUGAAGGGAUCAUGACCACGUUGUUUGGUAUUGGAGCCUUCAUCUUCCUUCAGGACGCCCCCGAUACCGCGUCAUUCCUUAGUGAAGAGGAGCGCCGCGUGGCGGUACAGAGAAUGAAAUUUGAUAAUCCUAUUUGGGAGAGCGCCGAGGUGGGCAUUGAAAACAAGUUUCACUGGCGUUGGGUAAAGAUUGGUAUCCUGGAUCCCAACACACUUAUGGCAUCACUUGGAUGGUUCUUCAUCAUCGUUCCGAUCUACAGCUUUGCAUUCUUCCUCCCCACCAUUAUCAACGCAUUGGACUAUUCAAACACCGUCUCUCAGCUACUGAGCGUACCGCCAAACUUGACUGGGUUUUUUAUGGUUCUAUUCGGCGCUACUUUGGCCGAUAAAUUCAAACGACGUGGCAUUCUCCUCAUCAUCGGCUGUCUUCUUGGGGUUGCUGGAUACGUCAUGCUGCUCGCAAGUUCGAACCCUAGGGUACAGUACGGCGGCACCAUUUUUGUCGCUGCCGGGAUUUUCCCUUGCACACCACUUAUCCUCGGAUGGCUUUCGAGCCAAAUCACGCCUGAUUAUGCCAGAGCCACCGCCGGAGGCGCCCAGGUGUCAAUCGGGAACAUGGCGGCCUUUGUGGCUACGUUCUCCUAUGUGGCCAAGGAUGCGCCACGGUACCGAAAAGGCCACUUCAUCAACCUCGGCGCCUUGAUCUUGGCUAUCAUCACCGUUGCGCUCAAUAUGCUGUAUAUAAAAUGGGAAAAUGGCAAGCGUGCGCGCGGCGAGAGGAAUUACCGCAUCACCAGAGACGGAGAACAGUGGCUUGGUCAUCGCCAUCCGGACUUCCGCUACGUUCUCUGA